UACCACCAUCCCCACCAAAGCUCCCAAUUAUUGGCAAUCUUCACCAACUUGGCCUGUUUCCACACCGCUCCCUCCAAUAAUUGUCAAUAAAAUAUGGUCUGCUCAUGCUGCUUCAUCUGGGAAGCAAGCCAGUGCUGGUUGCCUCGUCCUCUGAUACUGCAGCUCGCCAGAUCAUGAAAACCCAUGAUUUAUUCUUUGUGAACAGGCCUGAAUCGAGCAUCGCAGAUAGACUUUUUCACGGAAGCAAGGACGUAGCUUUUUCGCCAUAUGGAAACUAUAUUUCUUGGCUUGCGUGGGUUAAUCGCUUCAAUGGUUUGGACUCUAAAGUGGAGAAAUCAGUUAAACAGAUCGAUGGAUUUCUUGAGGGUGUGAUAGAAGAGCACAUUAAAAAGGGGAAAGGUGAGGCUGAAAGUGACUGUACUACGGAGGCAAGAUGCCAAGACUUUGUGGAUAACUUGAUUGAGAUUAAAAAGGAAAACACGAUGGGCUUUGCUCUUGACAGAGAUGCUAUGAAAGCUAUUAUCCUGGUGUGGCUUCUCUUUAUAAUUGAGGUGUGUUCAUUGAUGAUUUUAUGAGCACAAAAGCUGUCCAAGUGUUGAUCCGAUUGCUAGGAUUCGAGUAUGGUGAAAUGUCUUCCAUUACUUUCAUUUUAGUGAAGUCAAAGGGAUCAAUUUCUCAAAUUCUCAGGGUUUUCAAGCUGACGAUUUUGCAAACCAAGCUUCAAAUCAAGGCUUUGAAGAUAUUGAUGGGGAAUCUGCGCCACAAACCUUAAUUCAUGAAGCAGAUCAAGGAGCAGAUUCUUUACUGAUUUGGCGUCGUCUAUUUCUCUUAGGGUGCGUUU